AUCAUCAGCAGAGUUGCGCUUUUUAACAGCGUAAAUUAACCUUGCCAAUCAAGCGGAAUCCAUGUGCUGGAAACGAACGAUCGCUUCCUUUGCCGGAUGCUGUGAGUAAGAACGUAUGGUGUGCUUUUUAUUGUGCUCUACAGCUCGUUCCGUAACAUUGUCCUGUUCUUUCUGUGGGUACUAAUCUUGCACGGUCUCCAUUUAAAUACCCAACGUGUAUCGCGGAUCGUGAACCAUCCUGAUCUCAUAAAAACAACGUUUCAUUUCUGGACCUCCGAGAGCAGUCUUUGCGUGACUUCGACAGUGAAAGGUUGGAAACGAUACAGCACCAUCACCAUGGCCAGUGGAAAAAUUGCCCUCGUAAGUGUGUCGGACAAGUCCGGGCUGAUCGAGUUUGCCAAGGGAUUGAACGAGCUCGGCUUGAAGCUGGUAGCAAGUGGUGGAACGGCGAAAGCGAUCCGCGACCAAUGUUUGCCCGUGCGCGAUGUUUCGGAUAUUACCGGUGCACCGGAAAUGCUUGGUGGGCGAGUGAAAACUCUCCAUCCGGCGGUGCAUGCCGGUAUUUUGGCGCGUAUGACCGAAUCCGACCAGCGGGACAUUCGUCAGCAGAGCUAUGAGUUGGCUCAGAUUGUCGUGUGCAAUCUGUACCCAUUCGGAUUGACCAUCUCCAAGCCGGACGUGACGAUUGCGGAUGCGGUGGAAAACAUCGACAUCGGUGGAGUGACGCUGUUGCGGGCCGCUGCUAAGAACCAUCAGCGUGCCACGGUGCUUUGCGACCCGAAGGACUAUCCGAAGGUGUUGGAUGAGAUCCGGCAGCAUGGCGAUACGACUCCGGCCACCCGUCAGGUGCUGGCGCUUAAAGCGUUCACACACACCGCUGAGUACGAUGCGAUCAUUUCCGACUACUUCCGCAAGCAGUACUCGGCGGGUGUAUCGCAGCUUAAUCUGCGCUACGGCAUGAACCCGCACCAGAAACCGGCCCAGAUCUUUACCAUGCUGGAACGGUUGCCUCUGAAGGUGGUUAAUGCGGCACCGGGCUUUAUUAAUCUGUGCGACGCACUAAAUGGAUGGCAGUUGGUGCGUGAACUGAAGCGCGCACUCGGUCUGCCGGCUGCAACCAGCUUCAAGCACGUGUCGCCUGCCGGUGCAGCAGUUGGCGUGCCACUGUCCCUCGACCAGGCCAAGCUGUGCAUGGUGGACGAUAUGUAUGAUAGUCUAACACCGCUGGCUACGGCUUACGCUCGUGCUCGCGGUGCUGACCGUAUGUCCUCGUUCGGUGAUUUUGUUGCACUGUCCGAUACAUGUGAUCUUGCCACGGCCAAGAUCAUCUCGCGCGAAGUAUCGGACGGUAUCAUUGCGCCGGGCUACACUGAGGAAGCGCUCGAGGUACUGCGCAAGAAGAAGAACGGUUCGUACUGUGUACUGCAGAUUGAUCCCACAUACGAACCGAGCCCGGUCGAACGCAAAACGCUGUUCGGAUUGCAGCUCGAGCAACGGCGCAACGAUGCCGACAUUAACAAGGCGCUGUUCACUAAUGUCGUUACCAAGAACAAAACACUACCGGAGGGGGCAUUGCGCGAUAUGAUCGUGGCCACUAUCGCGCUCAAAUACACGCAGAGCAAUUCCGUCUGUUACGCGAAGGACGGACAGGUGGUUGGAAUUGGUGCGGGACAGCAGUCACGUAUUCACUGUACGCGGUUGGCCGGUGACAAAGCCGACAACUGGUGGUUGCGCCAGCAUCCGCGCGUUACCGGUAUGCAAUUCCGGAAGGGAGUUAAGCGAGCAGAAAUUUCGAACGCGAUCGAUAACUACGUGAACGGAACGGUUGGCAAGGAUAUGCCGGUGGCGCAGUUUGAAGCAAUGCUGGAGAAGGUACCGGCCCCGCUCACCGUAGACGACAAGGAGAAGUGGACGCGCCAGCUGACGGGCGUUUCCCUCGGUUCGGAUGCGUUCUUCCCGUUCCGGGACAAUGUCGAUCGGGCGAAGCUGAGUGGCGUGUCGUACAUUGCGAGCCCAUCCGGUUCGACGAACGAUGCGGGUGUGAUCGAGGCAUGCAACGAACACGACAUCGUGAUGGUGCACACAAAUCUCCGUCUUUUCCAUCAUUAAACUUGGACAUUCGUUUUAUUGUAGGAUUUAUAAAAUCACAUAAAAAAUGCGAUCGUUGAGGGGAAGAAUAAAAAGCAUAUUUGCGAAUAGGAUAAUAGGAUGAAAAAAGGACGCGUUUUUAAUAAAAGAUGAAUGUACAU